AUGUCACGGAACGGACUGACAGAGAUUGUAAUUCUUGAGAAACAGAGUUUAUUGCAAAUGGAACAGCCAGGGACAAACGACAGACCACAGGUUGUAGGGAACACAGAUGACGAGGAAACAGAUCCUCUUACACUGUCUGAACCAGUGACCAGAGAGGAGUUCUCACAGUACUCCUGUCACUUCACACUGGAUCCAAACACAGCAUACAUAAUGCUCCAACUGUCUGAGGGGAACAGGAGGGUGGAGAGGAGCGAAAGGAUGCAGUCAUAUCCUGAUCAUCCAGAGAGAUUUGAUUGGUGGGGGCAGGUGCUGUGUAGAGAGGGUGUGUCUGGACGCUGCUACUGGGAGGUUGAGUGGAGUGUGGGGGACUGGGUUCAUAUUUCAGUCUCAUAUAAAAGCAUCACCAGGUCAGGAAAGGGUUAUGAGUGUAGGUUUGGACUGAAUGAUAAGUCCUGGAGUCUGAGACUCACCAGCAACAGCUCCAUUUUCAAACACAAAAAUGAAGACACUAAACUCCCUCUAGUGGCCAGCUCCAGAAUAGGAGUGUAUGUGGAUCACAGGGCAGGAACUCUGGCCUUCUACAGCAUCUCUGACACAAUGACCCUCCUGCACAGAGUCCAGACCACAUUCACUCACACACUCUACCCUGGGUUUUUAAUAGGGUCUGGAUCAUCAGUGAGGCUGUUGUGACUGACAUAUCUAGAUGCUGUUAGCACAUCAUUUAACACAUCCCAUCAUUUAACACAUCACUUACACGUAAGGAUCUAGCAGCUGGGCCACACACACACACACACACACACACACACACACACACACACACACACACACAUCACUCACACGUAAGGAUCCAGCAGCUGGGCCUGAGAGUCUUUGAUCUUGGGGACAACAACCGACUGAAGCCAUUUCCCCAUCUCUGGACCCCAGCUAUUACAAUAUCUGUACCUCUAGACCUCUGCUGUAACACAUGCAGUAUCACCACAGCAGACAUAAGACAUUGUGUGUGAAAGGUUUUGAGCUCUGUGUUGCAUAACCUCACUCUCCCAAGUGUUUAGUCCCUCUGUUAUUGCAUACAUGUUCUGAUACCUGGUUUUAUAUGACAACCACAAUAUUAUGUACCAUGACAGUAAAUCUUAAUGAGACUGUAUUCAUCCAACAAUUGACACCCAAUGAAAUGUGUUCCUCUGUUUCUUUAUUAAUACCGUUAUAAUGAGACCAGUAUGUUUUAAAAUGUGUUCCUCUGUUUC